AUGCCCAAAACCGGUAAGGCGGUGUGCAGAGCCGACCCAGACGACGAUGAGGCCGUGGAGUCGGCGCGAGAUCUGCUCUCGCACGAGGACUGUGCUCUGGACUCGUUCAAGAAAAGCGCACUGAUCGUAGAGGUGGGCGGGGCUAAGGAGGAGGCGGAGUCAGAGGAAGAGGAGGAGGAGCGACCGGCCUGGAGCAGUAAGCUGCAAUACAUCCUGGCCCAGGUCGGCUUCUCCGUGGGACUUGGCAACGUGUGGCGGUUUCCAUACCUCUGUCAGAAGAACGGAGGAGGGGCGUACCUGGUCCCGUACCUGAUCUUGCUGGUCCUCAUCGGGAUCCCCCUGUUCUUCCUGGAGCUUGCUGUGGGACAGAGGAUUCGGCGCGGGAGUAUCGGGGUCUGGAACUACAUCAGCCCGCGGCUCGGGGGCAUCGGCUUCGCCAGCUGCGUGGUGUGUUUCUUCGUGGCGCUCUACUACAACGUGAUCAUCAGCUGGAGCCUCUUCUACUUCUCUCAGUCCUUUCAGCAGCCGCUGCCCUGGCACGAAUGUCCUCUGGUCAAGAACAAGACCUCCACAUAUGUGGUCCCGGAGUGUGAGAAGAGCUCGGCCACCACCUUCUACUGGUACCGCGUGGCUCUGGACAUCUCCGACAACAUCUCUGAGAGCGGAGGCCUGAACUGGAGGAUGACAUUGUGUCUGUUGGCGGCCUGGACCAUGGUCUGUCUGGCCAUGAUCAAAGGCAUCCAGUCCUCCGGGAAGGUCAUGUACUUCAGCUCCCUGUUCCCGUACCUGGUCCUGAUCUGUUUCCUGGUCCGAGCUCUGCUGCUGAAAGGCUCUGUGGACGGGAUCAAACACAUGUUCACCCCGCAGUUGGAGAUCAUGCUGGACCCAAAGGUGUGGAGGGAGGCGGCCACACAGGUGUUCUUCGCUCUGGGCCUGGGCUUUGGAGGAGUCAUCGCCUUCUCCAGCUACAACAAACGCAACAACAACUGUCACUUCGACGCCGUCCUCGUCUCCUUCAUCAACUUCUUCACGUCGGUUCUGGCCACGCUGGUCGUGUUUGCCGUGCUGGGCUUCAAGGCCAACAUCAUGAACGACAAAUGUGUUGCUGCGAACACACAGCGGCUCCUGUCCCUCCUGGGCCACCGGGUCGAGCUCAGUCUGAUCCCGCACCACAUAAACCUGUCUGCGCCCGAGUCUGUGACGGCGGAGGACUACCAGCAGAUCAUCCAGGUGCUACGGGGCGUGGAGGAGGACGACUUCAGGAGCCUGGGCCUGGAGAUCUGCAGCAUCGAGAAGGAGCUCAACCAGACGGUGCAGGGCACAGGUCUGGCCUUCAUUGCCUUCACUGAGGCCAUGACCCACUUUCCUGCUGCUCCGUUCUGGUCCGUGCUGUUCUUCCUGAUGCUGGUGAACCUGGGGCUGGGAUCCAUGUUCGGGACCAUCGAGGGCAUUCUGACUCCUCUCAUCGACACCUUCAAAGUGCGCAAGGAGCUGCUGACGGUGGGCUGUUGUGUACUCGCCUUCUGCAUCGGUCUCCUCUUCGUUCAGCGAUCUGGAAACUACUUUGUGACGAUGUUUGAUGAUUACUCCGCGACGCUGCCGCUGAUGAUUGUGGUGGUCCUGGAGAAUGUGGCGGUGGCCUGGGUCUACGGGGUGGACAAGUUCUUCGAGGACCUCAAGGACAUGCUGGGCUUCACUCCGUACAGGUUUUACUUCUACAUGUGGAAGUUCAUCACCCCCAUCCUCCUGCUGCUGCUGCUGGCCUCCAGCUUCAUCCAGCUGCUCAUGACCCCACCCAGCUACAGCGCCUGGAACAAGGAACAGGCGUCCGCGCAGCAGCUGCCCUUCCCCACAUGGGGCGUGGUGACCUGCGUGUCUCUGGUUGUCAUAGCAAUCCUGCCUGUGCCACUGGUCUUUGUCCUGAGGGCGUGUGGCGUGGUGGACGAGGGCCGCUCUGUGGCGUACCAGAAGGGACGCAUGGUUGUGGACACGCCCGACGACACGGAUCACGAGAGCCUGCUCCACGCGCCCUCGCCUCAGCCCGCCAUGCACCGCAAGCACAGCGUCACCACCGCUAACGGCGCUAAUGCUAACAAUGCUAAUGAGGCUAAUGCUAAGAGUGCUAACGAGGUCAAUGGGACAGCGGGAGGCUGGUACCACUUGGCGGCGCUGCCCGACAUGCCCGAGUCGGACUUGUAA